AAACUGGACAAGCUGCCGCCCUGGCAAAACAGAACAAAAGUCUCGAGCCGGCAACCGCAGCUGUCGAGUCGUCGUUCCAUCUCAUUGCCGUUGCACCCUCUCCUCCUUCCUUCCCCUCGGUCCAAAUCUGCGUCUUGUCCUGGGGUGCAGGCGAGCAGCAUUGGAGGAGCAUCAGCCCCAAUGAUCCCCUUCUCCCUCCUCGCCGUCGUCCUCGUCUUCCUCGUCGGCGGCGCCGAUGCCCUGUCAGGGUACCAAAUAAAUUGCGGCGCCAAGUCCGGGAAGGUCGUCGGGGACUUGACAUGGGUUCCCGACGGCCCGUUCAUCAACGUCGGCAACGUCUCCGAGCUCCGGUCCCCAGGCAUGAUGCCGAUGCUCUCCUCCCUCCGGUACUUCCCGGACACGUCGGCUAGGAAGUACUGCUAUGUGAUCCCGGCGAAGAAGCGUGUCAAGUACCUGAUCCGCACGACGUACUACUACGGGGGAUUUGACGGAGGCAAUGCGCCGCCGGUGUUCGACCAGAUCAUCGAGGGUACGCGGUGGAGCGAGGUGGACACGGCGGCGAACUACGCCAGGGGCCUCGCGACGUACUACGAGGCCGUGGUUGUCUCUACGGGCAGGGAGGUCAGUGUGUGCCUGGCCAGGAACGCCGCCACCACGUCCAGCCCCUUCAUCUCGGCGCUCGAGGUGGUGCCGUUGGAGGACUCGGUGUACAGCGCCACUAACUUCACCGCCUACGCCCUGAGCACCAUAGCGCGCCACAGCUUCGGCCACAACGGCUCCAUCGUUGGCUAUCCAGAUGAUCCUGAUCGUUUCAACCGGUACUGGGAGCCGUACGACGACGGGAGGAGCCCGGUGGUGGAGAGCCAGGCGAGCGUGGCGACGGAGACGUUCUGGAACAAGCCCCCGGUGGCCGUCUUCCGGCGAGGCCUAACGGCCAGCCGAGGCAAGGGCCUGGACAUCCAGUGGCCGCCGGCGUCGCUCCCGGCCGCGAGCUACUACCUGGCGCUAUACUUCCAGGACAACCGGGCGCCGAGCGCCCUCAGCUGGAGACUCUUCGACGUCGCGGUGAACGGCGAGACGUUCUUCGCCGGCCUGAACGUCUCGACGGCGGGCUCUAUGGUGUACGGCGCGGAGUGGCCUCUCUCGGGACAGACAAGGAUCACGCUGACGCCUGCGCCGGACUCCCCGGUCGGGCCGGUGAUCAACGCGGCUGAGAUCAUGAUGGUCGUUCCACUCGGAGGGAGAACGCAUCCCAGAGAUGUUAUCGGCAUGGAGGCGCUUGCGAGAGGAUUUCUGAACCCGCCGUCAGACUGGAGCGGCGAUCCUUGCUUGCCCCGGGGGAACUCAUGGACUGGUGUUACCUGCAACGAAGAUCUACUCGCAAGAGUAAUAGCGCUCAACCUCACAAAUUUCAGGGUUGGAGGAUCAAUAUCUGACCACAUUGCCAACCUGACUGCAGUCUCGAGCAUUUGGCUUGCGGGGAAUAAUCUCUCCGGAUUGAUUCCAGAUAUGAGCCUCCUACAUCAUGCGGUAUUUUUGCACCUGGAGGACAAUGGACUGACAGGACCGCUACCUGAAUCUCUAGGAAGCCUUCCAAGACUUCAGGAACUGUCUGUGCAGAAUAAUAACCUACAAGGCAUUAUUCCGAGCAGCAUCAGGAACAGGAGUGGCAUCAAGUUCCAGUAUACACCUGGGAAUAACCUUAGCUAACACUGACAACAGCAUUACAAGGAAGGCAAAAUUGUUCAGAUCAUUGGAUGAUUAGGACAUAAUAAAGAGUCUAAUCUGACCAGUAAUUUUAUAUCAUGGUGUUUCUUUUCUCCCCCACUUUCUGAUACUCACAAUAUUUUGCUCUUUCUUUUUCGUUUCGGAAACAGAAGUCUCUUUUUGUAUGUACAGUAUAAAUGUAAUCUUAUUUGUAUUUUCUGUUAUUAAGAUG